GUAUUUGGGUGACUUCUUGGAGGCCAAGUUGUUGUCUGCUCCCCACCCCCCAACUCUGCUGCGGUGCAGCCCCGCGCGCCUUCCCCUCUCUUGGCCUUUCCAGGCUUUCUGCCCCCGAUCGCCCGGACUCGCCGCACCGUCGCUCGCCGCUGUCGUCAGGAGGAAAAAUGAAUGGGAGGGCUGAUUUUCGAGAGCCGAAUGCAGAAGUUCCAAGACCAAUUCCCCACAUAGGGGCUGAUUACAUUCCAACCGAGGAAGAAAGAAGAGUCUUCGCAGAGUGCAAUGAUGAAAGCUUCUGGUUCAGAUCUGUGCCUUUGGCUGCAACAAGUAUGUUGAUUACUCAAGGAUUAAUUAGUAAAGGAAUCCUUUCAAGUCACCCCAGAUAUGGGUCCAUCCCUAAACUUCUAUUUGCUUGUAUCAUGGGAUAUUUUGCUGGAAAGCUUUCUUAUGUGAAAACUUGCCAAGAGAAGUUCAAGAAUCUUGAGAAUUCCCCUCUUGGAGAAGCUUUACGCUCAGGACAAGCACGGCGAUCUUCACCAUCUGGGCAUUAUUCUCAGAAGUCAAAAUAUGACUCAAAUGUGAGUGGUCAUUCAUCUUUUGUGACAUCUCCAGCAGCAGACAACAUAGAAAAAGACAUGCUUCCUCAUUAUGAGCCAAUUCCAUUCAGUGCUUCUAUGAAUGAAUCUACUCCCACUGGUAUUACUGAUCAUAUUGCCCAAGGACCUGAUCCCAACCCUGAAGAAAGUCCUAAAAGAAAAAAUAUUACAUAUGAGGAAUUAAGGAAUAAGAACAGAGAGUCAUAUGAAGUAACUUUAACACAUAAGACUGACCCCUCAGUCAGGCCUAUGCAGGAAAGAAUGCCAAAAAAAGAAGUCAAAGUAAACAAAUAUGGAGAUACUUGGGAUGAGUGAAAAAUUGCAUCAUUGGACCUACUGAAGGAGUUUUCAAUAUCCAGCCUCAUCUAGGUGGUCAUGAAUAUCUGCAUGCUUUGAGCUCAGCAGCAGUCUUCAUAAACACAUUUAAAACUAGAACCUGGGUUCUUGUGGUUUGGCUUAUUAAAAUGAUGUUUAAAACACAGAUUUUAAUGUGAAUGUUGUAUGGCUAUAUUCACCUUGAGGAACUAUAUGAAUGAUGGUGUUAUACCAUGGUCACAUGCAGUUUGUGAAAUUGUUUUAAGUUACAGGAUAAGGAUACUCUUCUAAAACUGUAAAGAGUCUGUAAUUCUCUAGGAUCAGCAUAUAUGAAAAUAAAUGAUAGCUGCAUGUGGAUUUGGGGUGGGUGGCGGGGGGGAGCAAGCAUAAUUUUAAGUGUUAAGCUUUACAUCCAAAAAAUUAUUAAAAAGCCUUUCUCCGGUGUUUGCUGUAUUUACUUAUUAAUGUGUAUGGUAAAUAAAAUAUAAAGGAACAUGCAUCUUCAUUGA